GCUGCUGGUAGACAGACUGUGUUCGGAGCGAGGCUGUAACCGGACCGGGCUGACACUGACAGGUUCGGGGUAAACAGCUCCGAGCUAACGUCCAACUGCGGCUAGCCGCGGGGCUCGCGCGCCACUAGCAGGCUAACGCUAGCCUCUCUAGCGUCACUGCUGCUACUUCCUACCAUCCCUACAUGACCUGCUUUCCUGUGGGUGGUUUUGGUCAAAAUUUUUCGAGGGACUUCAAUACCUGGACCUUCAUUCAUGUUGUUGGGCCGAUCCAGAGCUGCUGCUAGAACCCCGGGAGUCGCUGCAUGCCAUCACUCAGAAGACAGGAACGCUGUUGACCUUUAACCUCCACAGAGAGCUUCCAGUAGAGGGACAGGAUGCCGAUUCCUCCGCCCCCUCCGCCUGGACCCCCACCACCCCCCACUUUUAACCAGGCCAACACCACUCCUCCUAAGCUGAACUCAUCUGAGGUCAAAGGCCGGGGAGCCCUGCUGUCAGACAUCUGCAAAGGGGCCAAACUCAAGAAGGUCACUGAGGUCAAUGACCGGAGCGCUCCCAUCAUAGACAAGAAUGCAGGAGGAGGAGGAGGUGGAGGAGGAGGAGGAGGUGGAGGGAGCCAUGGAGGAGGUUAUGGAGGUGGAGGUCCAGUUGGAAUGGGGGGGCUUUUUGCAGGAGGCGUGCCAAAGCUGCGUCCAGUUGGAGACGGUACAGUUGGACGAUCUGCCCUCCGGCCCCCGGGGUCCCGGCCUGCGGCCCCCCGCCCCCCCGGCGGUCGCUCCAGCUCUCCGUCUUCGGCCCCCAAGCCGCCUCCACCGGAGCCUCAGCGCUCCCACCGCCCCUCUCUGCCAGACAUCACCCGCCCCCCCAGCAGCAGCAGCAGCAGUCCUCCCAUUGGUGGGAUGAAGCACAGCAGCUCUGCACCGCCCCCCCCUCCACCCUUCAACAAAGGGGGCCGGGGUAACGCCCCCCACACCCCAAACCACAAAGUGUCCUCCUCCUCCUCCUCCUCAACGUCUUACAGCAGAGAUAAAUCCCUCCCCCCCACGCCCGGCAGAGGCCCCUCCUCUAACGCCAACUCCAAGGCCAGUCAGUCUUCCAGCAAACCGCCGAGCGGCGGCUCCUCCAAUCCGCCACCUCCUCCGCCAUACAGGCCCCAUAACGGCUCCUCUCAGGUAGACGGGGGAGGGGCCCCGGAGCUUCCUCAGAGAAAAAACUCCUUACGCAAUAAGCACAGAUCAGGAAGCGGCGGCCCAGGUCGCAGCCAGGCACCGCCACCGCCCCCCCCUGCUCCGGCUCCAGCUCAGCAGUCGGCCAGCAGACCCCCACCGCCUGCCAGGGAACCGCCUGGACGCAAAGCAGGGUCCCAGUUUCCUCCUCCCAGUUCUCGUAACGGUGGCCGAGACGCUCCUCCUCCUCCACCUCCUUACCGUGGGCACGGUUCAGGGGGCUCAGACCCCCCCGGCCGCAUGAAGCCUCCUCCUCCACCCUCUUCUUCCUCCAUCUCGUCCUCCUUAUCCUCCCGGACCCCAGCCGGACCUCCUCCGCCUCCUCCACCUGUGCGUAACGGUCACUCCAUGGGUUCCUCCUCCAGAUCCAUCAUGGAUGACUUUGAGUCAAAGUUCCACUUCCACCCCAUAGAAGAUCUUCCUCCUCCUGAGGACUACAGGCCCUUCAACAAGGUUUAUCCCAGCAAAUCUGACAGGGCGGUGAGAGGAGCUCCACCAGCGCCGCCAGUGGGCAGAUGAACGGCCUCAGCUCAGGACUGGAACUGUCGGGACACAAUGAGCCAUUAGGGAGCGGCGGAGAUGCAUUCAGUCUUAAAAACACACAACGUAACGCUAACGCAGCCGGAAGCACAGCGGAGAACACAGAGGAAGGGUCAGCCGCUGCUGCUGGCCGUCUCCAUGACAACCAAACCUGCUCCCUGUGCUUCCCUGCUGCUGAAGUUCCACAUAUCAGGACCAAACUCUCAAUCAGUCGCAAUAUCUGCUCUCAUUUUUUUUUUUCUACGUGGCGUCUGUUAUAAUUGUCUGUUUUUAGUAAUGAGGGGAUUUCUUUCUUUCUUUUUUUGGUGUCAGAUUUACUGUGUUUAGGGAAACAAAUGGACUCUAAAUGGAAACGAUGUCAGAAUGAGUUUCAGUUAAAGCCGCCGAUGAUUCGUUUGGAUUUAGCCUUUGUGCAGCGUAUCCGUUCCAGUGGUGCCAAGCCGGCGGCUCUGCUAUCGUUUAUAGAUUUUCUCUGCGUGCCAAAAGCUUUCGGCGUCGUUUUGGUUUCUAUGCAGCCUCCGCUUGUUGAAUGUUUGCUAACGGAUGGCGGAUGGAGAGCUGAGGAAGCUAGGCUCGGUUUAUGUUUUUACAGCUAGAGAAAGAACGCUCUCCUGGUUUUGGUUCUUCUUUGUUUCCUUCUUUCUGAACGUUCGUGUUUCCACCUUCAGGCGGUUUUUGCACGUCACUCUAACCGCCACGCCGACACUGUGCAUGAUGCUGACAUUUAUGCACUUUAGACGUUAGGAUCCCUCCUCCUCCAAUCACAGAACAAGAAUCUAUGGGAUUUCCCACCAAGGCUGAACAGAGCUCUAUAGAUGUAUAGAGUCUAGAACUCUAAAGCACUUUAUCUUCACAGAUCCCAGACGUGUAUCUCUGUCUUUUUGGCCGUUAAUAAGCCGGCUGCCGGGAUUCCAGCUGCUGCUCUAAUCAGGCUUUCUAAACACCAGCUGAGGAUGUUUAUAAGCUCAGUCUGAAGCCCUCCUGCUGUUUCUGCCUCCAGAAGCUUACUUUUCUGGCAGUAGAAACAGAACUGGUUCCAUUGGAGAUUGAAACUGGUUUUGGUGGGAAGUCCCCUUAGCUGCAGGUUUUGGAGGAUCUGACAAAGACCCGUUUGUCGUUUGUAUGGGAAAUCUUUCAGGAAGUAAAUCUAGAAGCUAUUGGUCCUUUGUUUCCGUUCCCUGCUGGCGCCUCGGAGACACUGUGGUUUUUUUUCUAUGCAUUUUGUGAUGGGUAGGAACGCUAGCGGCUAACAGGUUGAACACUAAGUGCCAGGAAACGGAUAGCUGGAUGUUUUUAAUGAUCUGCUAAAGUUCACUUUAAGACACUAAUGAAAGCAGGAUGGAGGUUAGCCGCUUCCUCCUGCUGCUCGAUGCCUUAACGCCAGGCCAACUUCUUCUUCUUUGGUACUUUUUCUAUGACGUUUGUCUUUUCGGGUGAUGGCCAGAAACAAAAUAAGAAACUAUUUGAAAAUGCAAUAAAUAUUGUAUAUUUACACUAAUGGUAAUCCUAAUUACUGCUUUAUUUUUGUGCUGUAAGGAGUGUGUUGUAUAGGAAAGAGUGGCGGUGUUGUAGCAGCUCUCCGUUUGUUAGGGGCGGCCGGUAAACGCCUGGAUGCAUGAGAGAUUUUUACCGCCCAGUUAUUUUGGGUGUUUGAUUCCUGCAGAUCCAUCAGGAUGAUAAUUCAGUGAAGAAUGGUGAUCGUUAUCAGACCUGCACUUUCACUACUGGACGUCAGUCACCUCCACCCAGUGAUCGGUCACAUGUUUCACUGAACAGCCUGCGCUGGACACUUGUUAAUCAAUCAUACAUGUCUCUCUCUUUUUUUUUUUUAUCAUCUGAAGAAAGUUUAAUAAAAUACAUUCCUGUUGGGGGAUAAAGGGGA